AAUAUUAAGAGUCAUAUCCUUUAGUAAAUAGCUUGGGCCUGGACUAAUUAGGGACGACUGAACUUCCGUCCACUGCCUCCCAACGCCACAACCGUCCAAACUUUUGUAUUAGGGCCUUUCAAUCAAUCGCUCAGAUGCGCUACGCAAAAACGCAUUCAUCAGUUCAGCUCAGUGCAAUAAAGAGAAGGACCCGUCGUUUCUUUGCAUCCAACUCGUCAGCCAGCCAACCGCUUUUGAGACACCAAGAAGAUCUGCGUAAUUUGAUGGUCAUCACACAAUAAAUUGGACAAAGAGGCUGUAGUGCUGGGGAAAAAUGGCAUGCAAGGCAAUACAAAUGUGGACUUUUCCUGGCCUGGUCGGUGCAUUUCUUGAUCUUGCCACAGUAUAUUCGUUGCUGUGUGCCUCUACUGCAGCUUAUAUUGCUUCAAAGUUUCUGAGUCUCUUUGGUUUGUCCCUGCCUUGCCCUUGCAAUGGUGUUUUCGGGCAUGUCAAUAAUAACAGUCAGUGUGUACAGAAAGUCUUAGUGGAUUGCCCAUUACAAAAAAUAUCGUCCCUUAAUGUAUCGGUUAGAAGCAAGGCCCCAUUUGUUUCGUUACUAGUCAGUUGUCAGAACUGUGAAGUGGACUCACACCUUGGCAAAAAGAGCGUUCAUGGAAGUCUAGAAGAUGAAGACUCAUGUAACUCGUGCUCGGAGAAGAGGUUGGAGCACUCCCCUCCCAUAAAUAAAUAUGAUAUGCAUUUUGGAAUAUCAGACUUGUGCACUGCAGAAGAACGAAAUGUUGCUGAGAGUCAGAAGCGGAGACUGGGUAUUCGACGGCGUAGAAGAGGUUCUGUACAAUAUCGGCGGUUAUGUUCAUCUUCUGCGCACGAUUCCAUUGUACUUGAUUCCCAAUAUUUUUCUGUCCCACCCAGCACCAUCAACUCAGAUGAUGAGACUACUAAAGAGAGCUGCAAUGACAUGCAGCACGAGUGUGUUUGUGAUGCUGUUAUAGGUCAUAUGGAAGCUCCAGAUGACAAGGAAAAAUCAAAAGAUAUUACUUUGCAGGAAAAUAACAUGAUUGGUUUUGGAUCAAACCAGUCCAUAGAUGAAUUUAGGGACACAUCAGAAGAGGUAUCAGCUGCUGAAGAAUUCUCCUGCGAUAGAUCGCUAGAGAUUGGCAGCUCUCGCUCAUACAAGAAUGAAAAGGACAUAAUUAGAGUUUUGGAACGUGCCCUAAGGGAAGAACAACUUGGUCAUGCUAAUCUUUGCCUUGAGCUAGAGAAAGAGAGAAAUGCCGCUGCUACAGCUGCAGACGAAGCAAUGGCUAUGAUUUUACGUCUUCAAGAGGAGAAGGCAUCAAUAGAAAUGGAAGCUCGACAAUUCCAACGAAUCACAGAAGAGAAGUCUGCUUUUGAUGCUGAGGAGAUGAACAUUAUGAUGGAGAUACUUGUAAGGAGAGAGAAGGAGAAAUAUUUCAUGGAGAAGGAAGUGGAAGCUUAUAGGCAAUUGAUUUUUGCAAAUGAGCAGUUAGAUAGUGAAUUGCAAGACACUGCAGCCACUCAGGGACAAGGGACUUGCUCUAUUCUGUCUUCAACAGAGAAACCUGAGAUGAUGCUUCGACGAAUCAGCAAAGCCUUCGACCAGGAAGAAUUGGGAUUACGAGAUGCAGAAACUCCUGUGAUGUGUGAUAUUACGGCAAUCAACUGCCAAAAAAGCCCUUCCAAUUUUGGGGAAUUUCAAGUUUUAUCAGCUGAUGAGCAUGAUAUUCAAAAUAAAGACAUGAAAGGAUUGGGGGACGAGCAAGAGGAAAGUCAGAACACUUUCUCAGGUGAAGAUGUGGGAUCAAACAGUAAACAACUUUUGGGUAUUCCUCGAAGUAGUAGUCAUAUUAGUAAUAACAUAGACACAGAAAAUGACAGGAAAGGACUAGACAUUUGCAGGAGCUGUUCGGAUAUUUUUCUAGGCUUCAAAGCAAAUUGUUGCGCUCAGCCAAAGUUGCCCUCCGAUUUACGGAGAAAGUCCAUGUCAGCAUUUGAUUAUGAGAGGAUGAAAAUUGAUAGUGAAGUGGGAUGGCUCAGGGAGAGGUUAAAGUUUGUCCAGAAGGGAAGAGAGAGACUUAACUUAUCUGCGGCAAGCCCUGAAGGGGGAAAUAGUCAGUUGCAGCUAUUGGAAGACAUAGCCGUUCAACUACGGAAGAUUCGGCAAUUAAGAGAUCCUGGGAAGGCUAAGCGUCAAGCUUCUCUCCCACCUCUAUCCUCUAAGGACGUAUUAAAGAAGAGACAUUGGCGAAGCCCUUCUUCAGAAGAGCAUCGGAGCUCUUAAUCUGAGCUGUGGGUGGAAGAUCGAAGUCCAAUCCUGCUAAUUACCUGUCGCUGUACAGAUGUUUCUCAUACUUGUCAUCCUAUCGAAGUGAUCUGGGAUACAAUUCUGCCAUUUUGUGCUGAGAAAUAAUGUCUAUGUACGUUUCUUUAACUUCUUUGUACGUAGCACGUGGCAUCCAAACUCCUCUUUUAUAUGUCCCACUUCUUUCUGCUCUUUUUUAUAAAAUUUCACUUGGCCUAUAAGUGAUUUAGUCCAUUUCUAACCCAAAAGGUCGAGCCAUCUUGGCACUUUUCAAACACUCCAUAUUCUUCUUUGUUAUCUUCAGUUGGCCAAUUAAGGACUCCUUCUCUUGGAGCUCUCUAACCUUAUCCCUCAGUUUCACGAUAGUAGUCUCUAGAUCAGCAUGCUUCUGUUGAAGCUCUACCCCGAUACAACACACCUCAUCCCUCAGUUUCACGAUCGUAGUCUCUAGAUUCUGUUGAACCUCUUCAACUUUCUCCUUGAGCAGCUUGAGAAUGGAGGAGUCAGUUUCCUUCUCUUCUACAGUCACAGUCAUUAUCAGCAGCUUGAGAAUGGAGGAGUCAGUUUCCUUCUCUUCUACAGUCACAGUCAUUAUCGUCGGCAGAUAAUACUCAAAACCACAUAGAAUCGCUAAAGAUCAAGGAGGGUGAUGAGGAUUCCGGGGGAGUAUAAUGAGGGAAUCGCUCAACUGAAGUCUCGGAGCUACGCAGAACCGAGAGAAUCAUUGCCGUCUCUCUCGCAUUGGAGUAUUCUCUGCACACAAUGAUGACUGUGCAACUCUGAGACUUUAGUUGAGCGAUUCUUCAUUAUACUCCGUCGGAAUCCUCGUCCUCCUUGAUUUCUGGCGAUUCUCUGUGGUUUAGAGUAUUCUUUGCUGGUGAUGAUGAUUGUGACUGAAGAAGAGGAAAUUGACUCCUCCAUCCUCAAGUUGCUCAAGGAGAAAGUUGAAGAGGUUCAACAGAAUCUAGAGACUACGAUCGCAAAACUGAGGGAUGAGCUAUGUUGCAUUGGUGCAGAGCUUUAAUAGAAACAUGUUGAUCUAGAGACUACUAUCUCGAAACUGAGGGAUGAGGUUAGAGAGCUCCAAGAGGAGAAGCAGUCCUUAAUUGGCCAACUGAAGAUAACAAAGAAUAAUGCGGAGUAUUUGAAAAGUGCCAAGAUGACUUGAGCUUUUGGAUUGGAGAUGGACCUAAUGGCUUAUACGCUCAGUGAGAUUUUAUAUGGUAUCGGAGUGGAUUAGGCUUUCGUGUGCCCAUGUGAGGACUCACGUUAGGCUCGAGUGUUAAACUUGUGGCUAGUGAAGUCCGAGUCUGGAAGUGAAAGCUCGGCUCAUAGUUGGUUUGACUCUCUCGCUCUUGCCCGAGUGUGGAAGAGGAAGUCCAACUUGAUGUAGUUAAGGCCCGAGUCCGGAAGAAAAGAGAGUCCGGCUUGAGGUAAGUAGUUGAGGACAAGCGUUUAAGUGCACGUGGCAUAUGUAGGUAAAUGGUGAGAAAGACCAUACGGUGCCACGUGAGGACGAAUAUUUGAAAGAUUUUGUUUCACACGGAAAAAUUAAAGAGAAAUUCACGAAAUUAUAAGGGAUUGAGUAUUA